GUCACUCAAACGCUUUGCAUUUUCCACAUGCACGUCGAAGAUGAAAGCUGCUACAAAAAUUGUCAAAGCCGGCGAAAAGUCACAGAACGGAUCGCUAAUAAAAGCUUCACUGAACAAAGCAUUAAGUGCAGAAGCAGAAUGGGACGACAAAGAUGAAUUUUUAGAUGUUAUAUACUGGAUGAGACAGAUUUUAGGAUUAAUUCUUGGAAUUGUAUGGGGGCUGAUACCUCUGAAAGGAAUUAUUGGUCUGGUUCUAUUUUUGGCAGUAAAUGUUGGAAUUGUGUACUUUUACUAUAACAGUUUCCAGAAGAUAGAUGAUGAAGAGUAUGGUGGGCCAUCAGAGAUAUUAAAAGAAGGAUUAAUGACAUCAUUUUCAACUUUUGUAGUAGCAUGGAUCUUAUUAUAUUCAGCUCUACACACAGAUUUAUAACACAUGCUGAUUUUAACGAAAAGAACAUCAUUGUCGUCUACCAAAUCAUUAUCAUCAGUGACAAGAAAAUACAUAAUUUGAUAUUGUUGAAAAAUGUAUAUAUUGUAAGCAAUAGUUAUUUAUAUGAUAAGUUACAAAGUUGCAAUGUAAGCCAAAAAAUCUUAAUAUUAUAAAGUAAUACAUAGAGUGGGGAUUUUUGAGUUACAAAUGAAUAUUAUCAAUUUGCCAAAUUAAGUACAAUGUACUGUAAAUUCAGAAAUUAAUGUGAUGAUUUUAAUAAUGCGAAUAAUGCAACUUGGUGAUUAUCGCAAUAAUAAGAACCGGCAUUCUCAUAUCUGAAUGUAGAUUUUCUGCAUUAUUGUCCAUUCUUCGAAAAUCACAAUAAUAAAUGGACUCAAUAAUUUCUGAAUUUACAGUAGUUCAUAGUUUUACCAUAUAGUGGCAAAUGAGUUUAUUGACACAAAAAAUUCUAAAAUACUGAAUCUUUUAUCUUUUAAUUUUGACUUGUCUAUAAGUUUUUGUCACUACAUUCAUAAUUAAACAUGUACUUAAUCAGGAUCAUUUUUAUGUUGAUUGUAUUAAACAAUGUGUUAAUUGAAAGGUUUGUCAACAUUAGAAAUCUCUAAGAUUUGAUGGUACCUCAUGUAUGGGUUAGUCUAUGUUUAUGUUUUUAUGCCCCCGCCGUAGAAGAGGGGGCAUUAAGUUUUACCCUUGUCCGUCUGUACGUACGUCCGUACAUCCGUCCGUACGUCCCAAAGUUGGUUUCCGUUCUCUAACUUUAGUUUGCCUCAAUCAAAUGUUAUGAAACUUAUACACAAUGCUUAUUACCACUAAAUACAGAUUAAGAUUGAAUUUUGGUGGCGUCACUUUUACCGUUCUAGAGUUAUGCCCCUUUACAAAUGGAAAAAAUGCUAAAUUUUUCGUUUCCGUUCUCUAACUUAAGUUUGCCUCAACCAAAUGUUAUGAAACAUAUACACAAUGCUUAUUACCACGAUAUACAGAUCAAGUUUUGAAUUUUGGUGCCGUCACUUUUACUGUUCUAGAGUUAUGCCCUUUACAAAUGGAAAAAUUGCUAAAUUUUUCAUUUUUUUCUAAAAAUAUUAAUCAAGAUAUUUUUAAAAUUGGAGUUAUCUUCCUUUGUCCAUGAUUAUAGUUGAAUUAACUACAAUCAAUGAUUCAUACAAUGCAAUGUUUAAUUUUGCCUUCCACUUAUAAAUUAAAGCAAUUUUUACCCUUCAUUUAUAAAGAUAUUUUAAAGUCUGCUUUGAAAAUUUGAGUUAUCUUUCUUUGUCCAGAAUGGUAGUUGAAUCAAUUACAACCAAUGCUUUAUACAAUGCAAUAUUCAAUUUUGCUUCCUACUGAUAAAUUGAAGCAAUCUUUACCAUUCAGUGCUUACAAGCACUUUGAUUACCGUUCUAGGGUUAUGUACCUUUACAAAUGAAAAUCUGUUCUCUAAUUUGAGUUUGUCUCAACUAAAUGUAAUGAAAUGCAUAUAUAUAUAUAAUGCUUUUUACCACAAAACUCAGUUUAAGUUUAAUUUAUGGAAGCGUCACUUUAACAGUUCUUGAGUUAUGUACCUUUAUAGCGUUAUAUAUGCUAGAGGGGGCUUUAUCUGUGUCCUUAUGGACACAUUCCCCAUUUAUUUUUUUAACUUUUUAUUGUAUUUGACUGUUUUAUAUGCACCAAUAUAAAGAAGAACUUUGACCUUAAAUUUUUAUAAAAUAUUGCUUAUAAAUGAAGAUUUUUCACCAAUUUAAGGAUUUUUGUCUAUUGUCUUGAAAACUUAGAAAGACUUAAGAUAUAUAUGCUGGAAAAACCAUAACCACCAAAAAUGUCAGACAAUUCAGUAUUGCAGUUGUUGCCCUUUGAUUGGGAUUUUUAUCUUCAUAAGAAGAAUGGAUAGAGAGAAACUGCACAUAGAUAAAAUAGAUAAAUUGUAGUCACUGGCCAUUAAUUUUGUGUUGACUCCUUAGGGAACAGCCAUUUGAUGUUUGAGAGGGGAGUACAAAAGGUUUUGUAAAUAAUAUGAUUACAAUAUAGUUUGAUUACUGGCAGUUAGUGGAUGUAUAUCCCACAUCUCAUUUUAUUCGUAUAACUUUCCAAAGGCAAGUUUUUACAUACUAAUUUCAUUUUUUUUUUUUUUUUCAUUUAAUCUUUUUUUUCUUUAUAUUUGUAAAAGAUUUUAUUUAAAAACAAUAACAUAUAAAUUGAUUGACUUAUAUCUAUUUAUAUUGUAAGUAACAUUUUUUUACAUUACAAAUACUGAAAAGUUGCUAUAACAUUGUUGUAAAAUAUGCAUGUUAAAAAUAAAAAUGUUAGUUUA